AACUGUCAGCAUAUUAGUCCGAUUGUGCGACGAGGAAGGAGGAGGAAGAUAGCGCUCCCACCUCCAUUUUAUACAUAGGGAAGAGUCAAAGAGGCAGCCCCCGUUUUUAACAUUUGUGUCCCCUCCCGCCCCCCGUCCAUCUCUGUUUCCUGAAUGGGAAUCUCCCCUUUCCCUUCUCUGCUCUGCUUUCCUCCUCCCUCCUCCUGGCCCUCUCCUCUCAAGAUGCUGCUGCUAUUGCUGCUGCCUCUGGUGCUGGUUCUCUCGGUGCUGCCUUCCCCUCCUUCCCGGUUGUAGCCCCAGGGGCUCUCCAGCCAUGGACCGCCGCGGGGAGGCUCCCCUCCAGCUCCAGCAGAACCUGGAGUUCACCGUCGAGAACGUGGAGAAGGCUCUCCACCAAUUGUAUUAUGACCCCAACAUUGAAAACAAGAACUUGGCUCAGAAAUGGCUGAUGCAAGCCCAGGUGUCACCACAAGCCUGGCACUUCAGUUGGCUGCUUCUAGAGAUGGACAAGGUGCCUGAGAUCCAAUACUUUGGGGCCAGUGCCCUCCACAUCAAGAUUUCGCGAUAUUGGAACGAUAUUCCUACGGAUCAGUAUGAGAGCCUCAAAUCACAGCUCUUCAACCACAUCACCCGUUUUGCUAGUGGUUCCAAGAUUGUGCUGACUCGGCUUUGUGUGGCCCUUGCUUCGUUGGCCCUAAACAUGAUGCCAGAGGCCUGGCCAUGUGCUGUUGCUGACAUGGUACGCAUGUUCCAGGCAGAGGAUUCUAACAUAGAUGGGCGAGCACGCUGCCUUGCACUUCUGGAACUGCUGACUGUCCUGCCUGAGGAGUUUCAAACCAGCCGCCUGCCACAGUACCGUAAAGGGCAGGUGCGUAGUGUCUUGGCGCAGGAGUGCAGUUCUGUGUUCCCUCUGCUAGAACAAUUGCUACAACAGCAAGACUCUCCUAGCUUCAUUAAGCAGAAGGUGCUGAAAUGCUUCUCCAGCUGGGUGCAACUGGAAAUUCCUUUGAUGGAGUGUGAGAGUUUGAUUCAGGCAGCCUUCACCUCCCUGCAUGAUCCAGAACUCUUUGACACAGCUGUGGAGGCCAUUGUCAAUGCCAUUUCGCAGCCUGAUGCUCAGAGGUAUGUGAAUACUCUUCUGAAGCUCAUCCCCCCUGUGCUGGGACUACAGGAACAAUUACGUCAAGCAGUCCAGAGCAGAGAUAUGGAGACAUCUCAUGGGAUCUGUCGUAUUGCUGUGGCCCUAGGAGAGAAUCAUUCCCGAGCUCUCCUGGAUCAAGUGGACCACUGGCAGAGCUUCCUUGCUCUAGUCAAUAUGAUAAUGUUCUGCACUGGAAUCCCAGGACACUAUCCUGUCAAUGAGACUACAAGCUCCCUUACACUUACAUUCUGGUACACAUUGCAGGAUGACAUCCUCUCUUUUGAUCCAGAAAAGCAGGCCAUGUAUCAGCAGGUAUAUCGUCCUGUCUAUUUCCAGCUGGUGGAUGUACUCCUACAUAAGGCUCAGUUUCCUUCUGAUGAAGAGUAUAGUUGCUGGUCCUCUGAUGAAAAGGAGCAGUUCCGGAUAUACCGAGUGGAUAUCUCAGACACCUUGAUGUAUGUGUAUGAAAUGCUGGGAGCAGAGCUGCUGAGCAGCUUAUAUGACAAACUGGGUCGCCUUCUGACCAACACAGAGCAGCCAUCCUCCUGGCAGCACACGGAAGCUUUGCUUUAUGGGUUCCAAUCCAUCGCAGAGACCAUAGAUGUCAACUACUCAGAUGUGGUGCCUGGCCUUAUCGGGCUCAUCCCUCACAUCAGCAUCAGCAAUGUGCAGCUUGCCGAUACAGUCAUGUUCACUAUUGGGGCCCUCUCAGAGUGGCUGGCUGACCAUCCUGUCAUGAUCAAUAAUGUCCUGCCCCUGGUGUUGCAGGCUCUGGGCAAUCCAGAGUUAUCUAUCUCUAGUGUCUCCACCCUCAAGAAGAUCUGCCGUGAAUGCAAAUAUGACUUGCCUCCUUAUGCUGCCAACAUUGUUGCCGUCUCUCAGGAUGUGCUAAUGAAGCAGAUUCACAAGACAAGUCAAUGCAUGUGGUUGAUGCAGGCUCUGGGUUUCUUGCUGUCUGCACUCCAAGUGGAGGAGAUCUUGAAGAACCUGCAUUCACUCAUUACUCCUUACAUCCAGCAGCUGGAGAAACUGGCUGAUGAAACGCCAAAUCCCUCCAACAAGCUGGCCAUCAUCCACAUCCUGGGCCUUCUCUCCAAUCUCUUCACCACAUUGGAUAUCAGUCACCAUGAUGAUGAUCAUGAAAGCACAGAGGUCAAGAAGCUGCCGGUGCCACAGGGUCCCAAUCCGGUGGUGGUGGUGCUGCAGCAGGUCUUCCAACUCAUCCAGAAAGUCCUCAGCAAAUGGUUGAAUGAUGCCCAGGUUGUGGAGUCUGUCUGCUCCAUAUUUGAGAAGUCUGUGAAGACCCUCCUGGAUGAUUUUGCACCUAUGGUGCCUCAACUAUGUGAGAUGUUGGGCCAGAUGUACAGCACUAUUCCUCAAGCAUCUGCCAUUGAUCUCACCCGGCAGCUGGUUCACAUCUUUGCCCAUGAGCCUGCCCACUUCCCGCCCAUCAAGGCACUCUUUCUGAUCGUCACAUCAGUUACGCUAACCCUCUUUCAGCAAGGGCCCAGGGAUCAUCCUGAUAUUGUUGAUUCAUUUAUGCAACUCCUGGCACAGGCCCUCAAAAGGAAACCAGACUUGUUCCUGUGUAGCAGCCUAGAUGUCAAAGCAGUGUUCCACUGUGGUGUGAUCUCCCUGAAAUUCCCUGAAGCCCCAACUGUCAAAGCUGCCUGUGGCUUUUUUACUGAAUUGUUACCACGCUGUGGGGAGAUUUCACCUGUCGGACAAGUGGUACAUGAGAAUGGCAAAAUAUUGCUGCAAGCUGUCCUUGAGGGUGUAGGAGGCCAAGCCUCACGCAAUUUGAUGGAUCACUUUGCUGAGAUUCUUUUUGCUCUCAACAAACAUUGCUUCAGUUACUUGAGUGUGUGGAUAAAGGAAGUGAUGCAGCAAGAUGGUUUUCCAUCAGCCCGUGUCAGCCCUGAACAGAAGGAGAUUUUCAGCCAGCAAAUUCUUAGCAGAGAACGUGUGAACAAACGACGUGUGAAGGAGAUGGUUAAAGAGUUCACGCUGCUUUGCCGGGGACUGCAUGGUACUGAAUACACAGCAGACUAUUGAUGGAGUCAUGAAACAAAGAAAUGCAGCAAGAACAGCUUUGCUGAUUACCUGUCACUGCCCUAUGCUGCUACUGAACCAGGACAAUAACUCUUCACCUAACCUGCUGAGGCUGCUCCUCUCCAGAUGGGCUUGUUGUCCAUCCCUCCUGCAUGUUCAGAGGCAGCAGGCUGCAAGGACUUGGACCAGAAGCUGGAGCUGAGGACAGCCCCUCCCCAUGCUGGGCCAGUGCAAUGAUUGGCCCUUGCCUCCCUGGCACGUUCCUGUAGACAUAUCUGUGGUAUUGUCUGUUCCUAAAAAGUCUGCCCUUGCCCUGCAUGUGGCAGCUUGUGUCUGACGGAAGAGGAAGGCCAUGCAGCCUUGAAUUACAUUAAGACUCUUUCUAAGUUGUGGUCUUCAGUGAAUUGUGGAUGGUGGGGAAGAUUAAUUUGGGACAGUAUGGAUAGAAGAGGUUGAAUGCUGGCACUGGCAGUUAUACUUCCAUUUGCCCUACCCUAAGUGGGUAAUAAAUAAUUAUCUAUUUAUCCCUUCUAAAGGAAAUUCAGAUUCUGCAGUAAGGUAGGACAAAGGGCAGUUUCUGAGAAGCAAAUAUUUUGCUCAUCCUUGGCAUUCUUUAAGGUGUGUAUGCUAUUAACUACUUCACAUUUGCCUUUUGUAACAUAUGGCAGCAUUCUGGAGAGAUCAUAUUUAACUUACCUCUUCAAAGCUGUGAAGAUGUGAACAAUAGCUGCUAGAUCGACCGUGAAAGAUGAAAAAAGUCCUGGUGACAUUUCUAUCUAAGCUUAAGAUGCCACAAUAGAUCUGGGAGUGUAUGGCAGUGGUUGGGGUUGGGGAUUGGAUGAAGAGGGACUAGGAAGAGGAGGAAGUGAUUUUUCAUACUGGAGUUGUUGAUGCCACAAGGCUGAAGACUGCAGUGGAGCCAUGCUGCAAUUCGGAUCCACUCUAGGUGCCAUUUCUCCCCUCCCCUCCCCUGGGAGUAGUUACCUAGCUUCCAUAAAAGUAGUAACUCAAGUUUACUACAGUACUUUUCCAUUUGCUUGACUCCUGUAUAAAAAGGAGUAAAAGCUCCUUGGUAUGAUGUGAA